CGAAAAUUGACUUUUCUUCCCAUCAUAUCAAGAUAUAUAUCAGGUUGUGAUCAAAUACGGAAGCUGAAGAUAUAAGGUAUACAAAGUUUCAACUUUGUAACUUUUCGAAUACUUGAAGGAUCCACAAUCAAGAAGGUUAGAUUAAGGUAGACAUCAUUUACAGUCACUAACCAGUAUCUCAUGACAUGGACGCUCGGCUGAUUUUACCACAGUUCCAUCACCGAACGGAUUUAAGAGAAAUCCAGAUUAUUACUAAUGAAUUGACGAACUUUCUCCAGCUGGGAUACCAAACAAAUUGAUGAAACAAGUUGCCACCGUUUGUAAUCAUAUUCCUAAGUUUGUACAUGCCGAACUGUCCUAUUUGAUCCUCUCCUCUCUUUUAUUGCUCUACAUACAUACUGCUCCUAUAACUACCCUGUCUCUUGAAAAUAUGAUGAGCUUACAUCAAUUCAUCAUUAAGUGCAACAAUGUGCCUCAACACGUGUGAAUACCUGUCCGAUCCCCAUUAGUCUUCAGUCCUUAUGACAGGAAGCAAUCUCAUCUUAUUCUCCUUAUAUUUCGGCCAAUUAAGUUAUUUUAUGCUCUAGAAGCCACAAGUCAAACCACAGAUUCUAAAAAAUGGCAGAUUUACAGUCGUUGAUCUAAACACUAUUGGCCUAACGAAACCACGGUAUAAUGCGCAAGCUAACAAUUGCAACCAAGUACUAUACAGAAUAUACCCCAUUAAAAAACAAUAAUCCUCUGAACAAAUGAGUCAUCUAGAUCAUGAAGUAUGAACAUGGACGAAUAGUAUCACUUUAUUCUCCUGACCUUGUCCACAAAGUAAUUAGCGAAUAAGAAAAUAGUAAGACAGACAUGCACAACCAUUCAACCAAUCACUUUAUUUAUUAUUGUCUGGUUGAAACUGAACCAACAUGGCUAAGGCUUAUCAUCACAAAGUGAAGAUAUCGCGUAAGUGAUGGAUAUUUCUGUGCCUUGCCCCUCUGAUUUCGUCGUUGAACGAUUUAUCGGUCGUGGAUGUUACUCUUUUGUAUAUGAAAUUCGAAAAACAACUGGCUUUGAUAGCGGUUCUAAAUAUGCUUUAAAACGUUUUCUUCUGGAGAAUGACUCCGCAAUUAAGUGCGUUUUGAGAGAAAGACGGAUUUUAGAACGUCUUGCUUUGUGUGAUUUCCAAAGCCCAUUUCUUCCUAUGCUCUGUUACAGUAUGUGGAAAAACUAUUCGUCUGCUUUUGUUCUUCGAGAAGGCUCAGGCUGUGAUCUUUAUGAUCUCCUAUGUCACGUUGGUUGCCUGUCAGAAAGCAAUACACGUUUUUAUAUCGCAGAAAUUAUUUGCGGCCUGGAGCAUUUGCAUUCACUGAGUAUUGUACAUUUGGAUGUUAAACCUGAAAAUAUUCUCUUCUAUCCGGACGGCCAUGUGUUUGUUUCAGAUUUAGAUCGUUCCUACGAUAUUUCCCAAAAUAUCAAGCCCACGCUAGACGACUUUACCGGAACUCCUCUAUUCAUGGCUCCGGAAGUCGCUCGAGGUGAAGCCAUAGACACAAGGUCUGACAUAUGGAGUCUGGGUGUCCUUGUUGCUGAGAUGGUUACUGGUCCUAUCCGGCGUGAAGCUGAAAAUACUGCCGAGGAAUUUAAACGAGCACGUAUGGGUACAUAUAACAUACGGGGUUUAAAGCGUCUUUCAAAACCUCUUCAGUCGUUUUUUAGCGCCUGUUUGCAACGCCAGCAUACACAACGUCCUUAUCUAAAAGGUGUAAAAGAGCUUCGGUUCUUAAAAUGUGUUGAUUGGUGCAAGGCUGGGUCCAGACUUCUUCGUCCUCCAUAUUCGACUUCAGAACUCCGUCACCGACUGACAAAAGAAGAUAAGACCUCGGUAUCCUCCACUGAUGUAAAUCUGCUUUCUGGAGCAUUUAAACCUUGGAGACCAGUCAAAUUCAAUUCAAAAAUGUCACAGAGCACAAACACUGGUGAUUCUGAACCUGGGGAUAUUCCGUCCUCCUUGAAAAAAGCAGGAUACACUGAAGAGAAACUGGACUUACUGUUUAACUCGUUCAACUUUAUACAUCCGAGUUUACGGAAAUCUACUGCCGAUACUGGCGUUUCAGAUUCUUUAUCAAAACUGACGGUGAAGCUAGAUACAGCUAAAGGUUUAGUCGAUAGCAUACCAAAUACUAAACAUUCUAAAGGUCUUAUUAGUAAUAAUUCUAUGGGACCUAUACCUUUCCGAAGACCUAGGUCCAGAGGUACAUCUAUUGGGGAUUGACUAUCUUAUGAUUUGAAACUGUACUUAAUAUAUAUGCUCGUACAUGUGGUUAUCUCAAAUCGCAGUCGAACAACUGGGUUUUCGAGCCAAAAACAAGUAACAGUUUUAUGUGGUUUUAAUUUGAUGUUUUACUUUCCAAGAAUGUACUUGUCAUGCAACUAUAAAGUUUUAAUAUUCUCCGGAUUAUUGUCUUCUCAUCCUUGUCGUAGGCCAUUUGCGUUGUUCUAACUAGUGGGUUAUCUAUGUAAGUAAACAGUUCUGGACUCGAUUUGUAGACGGAAACACUAAGUAGUAGUUGUAGAUUUGAAAUAAGUGAUUUUUUUCUAUCGUUUAGUAGUUUAAACAUAAAUUUAUGAUACAACAAAUGGUCUAAAAUCUCUACAGUCCCUCGUAAAAAUGUACAUCUUCGAUUUUCUAUUAACAGGACAUGUAUGCAUUUAUAUUUUGCAAAUUAUAGUUACAGUUUGGAAAUACUAAUACACAACAAAGAACCUUACUCAUGCUUGCUGUCUUAGAUCAUCUUGUUUCAAUUUCAGUAUAAAUCUUUUAGUUAAUGAUGUCUCAUGGUUCAGAAUCGGUUAUAACAGGAAAAAUGCAUUAAUUCAUUGUUGUAACUUAUGUCAUGGGUUGCAUAAUUUUCUAUACCUUCCUGCUUGAAUCCUAUUUUGUGUCUCUUUUCUGUCACCACUAAUUACUGCUACCUCUUCCAGUGCUUUGAUAUUCAUGUUAUUGGUUCCCUUCACAAAGAGUAAAUAAUUAACCUCCGACUGUUUUGCAGAAGGGAAGUAAACAUGUUAACCUUUCUUCCUUUAUGUAACUGUAGCCACAAUCUUUUCUUUCUGAACACUCCAGAAUUUUCCCUGUUACAGCACUCUUGAAUGUCCUAAAACAACCACUCCAAGUUUGAUUAUUAAUUCCUUUUGAAUCUUACGCAAUUUGGUCGUUUCUUAUGGACAGUUCUUUUCGGCGAAUUCGGUAUUUUGUCAAUAGUUAGGAAUAACUAGACUUAUCAGCCAGUAUGCAGCUAAGAAGGCAAAAAAUGGAAUUGAUUAGUCGUAUUCUGUGGAUAUUGUCAUUCUUACUUUGUUUAAACAUAUUUAGGUUGUUCACUAAAGAUAUCUAUCUCUAAAAUUUAGUUCAUUAAGUAAGUACUAUUUAAAGGACCAACCAUACAUACAAACAGAUUAACAGAUCAUGAAAUACUACCAAUGUAAAACCAUUAGUUUGGCGUAGAAAAUAUACAAUUCUCUUUGCUAGGUUUAGUCAGGCUACCGGGUCCUAAGUUGUAGACUAGAUGAUAUGAUUUACUACUGGUCUGAUUAAUGCAUACCUACUCAUCUUACAGUUACUAUUACUCCAUACGUUUAUUCCUUUAUAGUUAGUCUCUGCUGUUGGUGCCCAAUACUUUUACUUCCUUUAUCCUCACUUUUCAAUACGAUACAAAAUAUAAUGAAUUGAGCUAAUAUGCACUUGUACCAGUUUCCACGUAAAAUAUGUGCUUGGCAUGAGAGGUUUAUUCCUUUUAGUUAUAGCCUACAUAGACCAACUUUCAAUCAUUAAUCCCCAUCCUUUUAUCACGUGACUCAACAACUAGGCUCAGUAAAUCGAAUGUGUUUACUCUUCGUCUUUCUUUGAAUCAUGCCUGUAUACCAUUUUUAGUAUUCAUUUCUGGAUUCAUUUGUUACAUUUAUCCAUAUUUCCUAAGCUUAGCUCUUACCACCGUUCAUGUUAUUAUUUCGACUACCGCUUUUCGUGUCGUUACUUUUCUCUUGUGAAGUGAGGUGACGAAAUUGGAUCAAUACACGUAUGUAUAAGGUCUUAUGUUCUUUAUGAC